AAGCAAACUCGUAACUAGUUCGCAAGUAGCAGCACAGUGUUUAUUGUCUCUGAUCUCUCUCUUGAUUGCAAGUUAUCACUUCGACAUUACUAUGGUCCCACCGACUCUUGUCUCCAUUGCCGAUCUGAGUCUGAUCUAAUCUCUUCUUCUUCUUCUUCUUCUUCCUUACCCUUUUCAUCUCUCUCACCCUCUAAAUCUACAUGUAAAAAAAUUUCAGCUGAGUAUUAAAUUAUCUAAUAAUUUAUUCUUUACAAGGUCUUCAUUUUUAUCGUCAAAGUCAUCCAUCUUUGAAAGACAUUGGUUUUAACUUUUAGAGAAACUAUUUCAACUUUUUGGUGUGUCCACUCGAAGCAGAAAUCCCAAACUCGCAAAAAGGUGGAUCAUCAUCAUAUCAUUGGGCGCUAACAACAGUUUUGUUUUGUGGGUUAUCUUCACUUUUGCCUGGUCCUUCUGCUGAGCAUUAAUGGGGGAUAUGCAAGUUGGUGUCGCCAAUUUUGACGAUAAGGGUUUAUAUGGCUUGAUGGAGGAUAAACCGGUAAAGGCGGUGGCUUCAUCGAACCCAGACCUGCAAGUGUCUGUUUCAUUCGGUAGGUUUGAGAAUGAUUCACUUUCAUGGGAGAAGUUCUCAGCUUUCUCUCCAAACAAGUACUUGGAGGAAGUCGGAAAGUGUGCAACUCCAGGAUCAGUAGCUCAAAAGAAGGCUUAUUUCGAAGCUCAUUACAAGAAGAUCGCUGAGAGGAAAGCUGAGAUUAUGGAUCAGGAGAAACAAAUGGACAAGAACGCCUCUUUUAGAUCCAUCGUCACGGAUCAGGGAAGCAUGGAAGACGAAAAUGGCGGGUCGGUGACAGAGUCUGUGGUGGAUGAAGAAGUAUCUAAUGAGCAGUUCACUUGUGAAGAAGAUAAGCAUGUGACUGACAUUGUUGCUGAAGUGAGCAUCGAUGAGCUUCAUGAAGAAACUAUCAUCGUCAAGGAAUGUCAAAGCUCGGUUGAUCAGGUUAAGGAAGAAGUCAAGUGUCCCAAAUCGGAUAAGUCAGAAGUGAUUGCUCCUGUGGAGGAGAAACCGGAAGUGAUUAUACCAGAAGAGGUUUCACAAGCGAGAGAAGAAGUGAGAGAGCAAAUUCUAUCAAAGGAUACUACUGGCGAAACGAAUGAAACGCCAACGAAGGAGAUGAGAAGAGAGAAAACCCAAAAGCUAACCAAGAAAGAUGUAAACGUGGGGAUCAGUCGUACAAGAAACUCUCCCAAGCUUAAUCAGGUGACCACAAAACCUACGACUAACAAGACUGUGACAAGUAGAAAAACUCCACCGAGCAAGGAGAUCAGAAGCAUGAUGAAGCCAACAAAGAAACCAGCAUCACCGAUCUCAAGAGCCCCAACUCCAAGAGUGUACAAGCCAGCUUCACCAAUCACCUCAUUGUCUACGUCUCAUUCGUCGAUGAAGAAGGAAAAUGUCUCGUCUUUACUGAGAAGCAAACAAACCGCUCCAAAGUCAUUGCAUAUCUCUAUGAAUCUCGCUCCAUCUGCAUCCGAUCCCACGGCUCUUACAGGCACUAGAAAGUCAUUGAUUAUGGAGCGAAUGGGAGAUAAAGACAUUGUGAAACGUGCUUUCAAAUCGUUUCAAAAGAGUUAUGACUUGAAAACUUCUGUCGACGAGCAAAACACAGCUCUAAAGCAGAAUCCUGCAAAGGCAACUAGUAUUCCGUCAUUAGCUACACGGCAGAAGGAAAAUGGCAGGACUACAAAAGCAAGUAGCAUGGAGAAGAGAAGCAUUACUAAUGCUCAUCAGUCUUCAUCUCGUGGACUGAAAAGCAACGUGACAGCUGAGAAAGAAGUAAAGGAGCUUUCCAAGUCUGGUGUAAGACCUGUAGAGAAGACACGCUUGCAGAAGAACCCAAAGGCAGGAGUGAUUGAUGCCAAAACCCGAAAGGACACUCUUAAUCAGAAAGCAAAACCGGUGCAGGGAUCUCUUCCGGUACGAACCUUACCAAAAGGAUCUUUAGACAAGGUGUUAUGAUAGUGUAUGAGUCCGGUGUUUUAGUCUGAUCUUAUGGAUGAAGCUUAAGGCAAAGAUCGCCCACCAGUGUUGAGAUAAAGGAACCAAUGAUCUUUUGUUAUAUAUAGAGAAGUCUCUAGUUACCAGUAUGUAGCUGUGGAAGGAGUAAUAAUAAGCCUAAUGUUGAUGAAUAGUGAUAUUUUACAUUCCUGUGGUAUGUGUAUAGACCAUGAGGAUUAUAUGAUGUUUAUUAUAAACAAAUUGAAUCAGUCUUGUUUAUGUUCACCUGAUAAUAACUACACAGUGAGUUAUUCUACAAACCAAUCAUUUAGAAUUGUGA